CCAUAUUUGAGAAAAAGAACGAAAAUGAUUCAAGACUCAAAACAAAGUAGAUUCUAUCGAAUUUUAUAAACACAUGAUAAAAUACAAACCAAGGAAUUAAGAUUUCGUUACUAUUGCUUUAAAGUUUUAGACAUGGCUCUAGAAACAACUAAAAACUAUCCAGGGAUCACAUCCCCAAUUAGUUUGGAGGGACCAAAACCACUGGACCUGAAACUCUCAGAAAAGCUAGAGGAAGCCAUGAGACCCCAUGGAGUGUUUGAGAGUGAGGCAGAAAUGUCUCAUAGAAUGGAGGUAUUACACAAAAUCAACACACUGGUCCGUGAUUGGAUUAAGGACGUCAGCAGACAAAAGAAUAAUUAUCCAGAAGACAAAAUUGAUGCUUUUGGUGGCAAAGUGUGCACGUUUGGUUCUUACAGACUUGGAGUCCAUACAAAAGGUGCUGAUAUAGAUACUUUGUGCGUUGCCCCAAGACAUGUUGAAAGAACCGACUUUUUCACCUCAUUCUUUGAAAUCUUGAAAAAUACCCCAGAAGUCAAAGACUUGCGGGCUGUAGAAGAGGCCUUUGUCCCUGUCAUUAAGAUGACUUUCGAUGGCAUUGAGCUUGACAUGUUGUUUGCCAGGCUUGCCCUGCCACAGAUUCCAGAGGACAUUGACCUCAGAGAUGAGAGUCUGCUCAAAAACCUUAAUGAAAAAUGUGUCAGAAGUCUAAAUGGGUGUAGAGUUACUGAUGAAAUAUUGCAUCUCGUACCCAACAAGCACAGCUUUAGAAUGGCACUGAGAGCGGUAAAGCUGUGGGCUAAAAAGAAAGGUAUAUACUCCAAUGCUGUAGGAUUCCUGGGUGGCGUCUCCUGGGCUAUGCUUGUGGCUAGAGUCUGUCAGCUAUACCCUAAUGCAGCCCCUGCAACUCUACUGCACAAAUUUUUCAUGAUCAUUCAUAAAUGGGAAUGGCCUCAGCCUGUGUUAUUAAAACCCUUACAGCAUGAGAACAAAUACAAUCUCCAAUUUCCUGUGUGGGACCCAAGAGUAAACACCUCAGACAGAUUUCACCUCAUGCCUAUCAUCACCCCAGCAUACCCACAACAGAACUCUACCUUCAAUGUCACUCUCUCCACACGCAGCAUCAUGACAGAGGAACUCAAAGAUGGGCUAGAGAUUGUUAGCAAAAUUUAUGAGAAUAAAGAUGGCUGGAGCACACUUUUUGAGCCCUCAAACUUUUUUCAAAAGUACAAACAUUAUAUAGUUUUAACAGCAAGUGCAUUGGAAGAAGAGCACUACUUAGAAUGGAACGGCUAUGUGGAGUCAAAAAUUCGAUUACUAGUGGGUAAUCUAGAGAGGAACCCAUGUAUAAAGCUGGCUCAUGUAAACCCCGCCCCUCUAGGUCCUCUGAAUGAGAGUGAUGGCAAACACUUAUGCAGAUGGUUCAUUGGGCUGACCUUUGUAAAAAUUGAAAAUCAGAACCAAAAUGUUGAUUUGACCUUUGAUAUACAGUCCUUUACAAACACAGUUCAUAAACAUGCAUACCAUAUCAAACUCAUGAAAGACGGAAUGAAAGUGGAAAUCAAACAUGUAAAAAGGAAGCAGCUGGAUCUUUAUGUACCACAGAAAAUUUUACUACAGUGUAGAAGGGCAGCUGCAGCACAGGAGCAUAGGAGUAGUAUUGGCAGUGCCAGUAAAUCAGAAUCGGGUCAAGGUCUUCAUCACAGUAGGUCAGACACAGAACUUGUCAGGAGUAAUUCCAUGUCUGUUGACCUCUCAGAGGAUUUAAGUCAGGACCCAGAAUCCAGUCGAGACUCGGAGAAGUCUACCAACUGUUCCUCAUCUACCAGUAAAGAAGUCAUCAAUGGUGAUAUACGGAAGGUCGUAUCAACCUCCCCUGUUCCCUCUGACAGUUCAAUGCAGAGUCCUAAUUCUAAACGGGAAGCUAGCCCCACAGGGAAUGAGAGUCCGGUCAAAAGGUCAAGGUCGCAGGAUGAACAGAAUGUCUUGGGUUCACCAAUGCACAUUGACAACUCAGCUCUUAGUCCAAGUAGAAAAAGGGAAGGGUCACCAAUCAGGCCAGAGUGCCAGGUCAAGCGUGCAAAAUCCGAGGAGGCCACAUGUCAGACUGCCAUGGAAUCUCCUAUGCAUGUGGAUGAAAUCACACCCCUUAAACAAGAUGAAGGAUCAGAAGUAAAAAGUACCAAAACUGUUUCAAAUCAGCAUGUGAAGAGACUUCCUAGUGCAGAUGUCCCAGACUUAAUGAGCCCGCAAACCAAUCAGAAUUUACCUGUGCAGGUGAUACCAAAUAAAAACAUUCGUCUCAAGCUUAAAUGAUUCUGUGACAGUAGAGAGCAGGUUAAGUUUCACGUCCGUAAGAUUGUUCAGAUGUGAAGAAACUGAUAAGAGGUCGUCCAAGUGCUAUCCCAUUGUUUCCAUUGUGAAAGGAAAUUGCAUUGAAAAGAAUUAGUGAAACAACCAAGUUUCCAACAAAUAGCAGUGUAGAGUCGGAAUGUCAGAGCAGAUAUAUUCUUGUGUUAAAAAAGUGUGUUAAUUUUGUAUGUCUUGUGUGUAACGAUAAAGUCAUUGCAAGUAUGUGUGAGUUGUUGUACAUUUCUGACAUUCUAUAAAAACGUUUUGAAAGAAAAACAGGUGUGUAGAAAAUCACUGUAAGGUAUUUCAUUUAUUAAAGAGUUAUCAGCUCAUUAUAUUUUUGAUGAUAGAUUAAAGAAAAAAAUUGAUCAGUUCUGUUAAAAUCAUCUGUAUUUUAUGGCUUAACAGACACAUGUUAAUGUUAAUAAUUUAAUCAGAUUCUCAGCUAUAAGUGUGCUAGAUCCAUGUAUGUUUUCUUCAUGAGCCGGCUUCUCGCAUAUAUUAUGCAUCAUCACGUCAGUUAUUUCAUAAAUGCCAAAGUCUCAUUUGGGUUUACUUUACCUUUUUUGUACAUUGAUUCACAUUUUCUCCUCUGUUGCGAUGGGGGAAUAUCGAUAGAGUACACAUUUUCAAAUUUAAGAGCAAUAUAUAUUAUAUG